AUGGCCUUGUCCUGUGCUGUAUCAUGCGAUGAGUGGCGGGAAAAGCAGGCCGCAGCCGUGAACGCAUGCGAGGAGGCCCGGUAUUUCGAGGCAGUGCAGCUCAUCAAUUCAGCGCUGGAGGCCUUUGAAGCUCAGGUGCCCGCGGCCAAAGAUCGCCCCGGGCAAUUGCUGACAGAGCCCCAACGCUUCGUGGAGGAGACCAAGAACUCUUCAAAUUCUUUGGGGGAGGCUGCAGAGCACUUGGCAGAUCUUUGGGCUACCCGGGCUGACAUUCUGAUGAAUCUGGGUGGUUUGAAACGCGCCUCCACCGAGCUGGCUGCAGCACUGGAAUUGGCUCCCGAGGCCAAGCGCGUGAAAGAAUUGCAAGCUGAGUGCAAGAAGUUAGAGAAAUACCAGGAGGAGGGGAUUGCAGAAGAUGCCUUGGCUGCCUCGCAGAGCAAGGUGCCAGCGCACAUUUUAACUGGUUUCUUGGGCUCGGGCAAGACGACCCUGCUGAAUCACAUUUUGCGAGAAACGCACGGAAAGCGCUUUGCCGUGAUCGAGAAUGAGUUUGGCGAGAUAGGAAUCGAUGACAAGUUGAUUGCGCGGCGAGAGGACCUCGGUGCCGAACAAAUCAUCGAGAUGAACAAUGGAUGCAUUUGCUGCACUGUGAGAGGGGACCUGAUCCAGGGCCUUCGGAGCAUUUUGAAGAAGACCGCUUUGGAUGGCAAUAAGCUGGAUGGUGUCAUCAUUGAGACAACGGGCUUAGCAGAUCCGGCGCCCGUGGCUCAAACCUUCUUUGCGGAUGACCUGAUCCAAGCAAGGAUGACUUUGGAUGGCAUCAUCACUGUAGUCGAUGCGAAGCAUUGUUUGCAGCAUUUGCGGGAGGAGAAGCCAGAGGGCGUGGAGAAUGAGGCUGUUGAGCAGCUUGCUUUUGCCGACCGGAUCAUUGUCAACAAGACAGACCUGGUCGACGCGGCGGAGCUGGAAGGGUUGACGUAUGAGGUGCGGAAGAUCAACGCCGUGGCCCCCAUGAUCUACACACAGAACUCCAAAGUGGCAGUGGAUGAGAUCAUUGGCAUUCGGGGAUUCUCGUUGGACCGCGUCCUUGAGAGUGAUACGGAGUUUCUAAAGGAUGAUCAAGAUCACCAGCACGAUCAGUCCGUCAGCUCAGUCGGAAUUGAAUGCCCAGGUGAAUGUGACCAAGAGAAACUCAACAUUUGGAUUGCCACCCUUCUGCGUGAGCGCGGUGUCGACAUUUUCCGAACCAAAGGUGUUCUUGCAGUGAAAGGCUGCAACCAGCGAUUCGUUUUUCAAGGCAUUCACAUGAUAUUUGGUGGGCAGCCGCAGGAUGAUUGGCCUGAAGAAGAAGAGCGUGUCAACCGGCUGAUUUUCAUUGGCCGGAACUUGGAUCGGGAAGAGCUGCAGCGUGGAUUUCGAAGCACACUGGCGUUGCAGCGCCUGGCGGAUCGAGCCCAAGCAGGAGAGUUGGAAGAGCCAGUUGUGCCUCCACCGCCGCCACCUUUGCCAGAUCACAUGUCUAUGGACAUGGGGCAAAUGGGAUAUGGCCAGGGCAUGGAGGAAGGCUCUGUCGUCCAGUCGAUCCUGGGCUUGCGCAGCAACUCAAUGAGUUCACCGCCGGAUGCUCCUCCAGCACCGCCUGUGCCCAGUGUACUACCUGGCAGUGCUCAGCCCAUGACUUUUGGCACAUCCCAACGGAAAAUGUCGGAGCUGACGACGCUGAAGGGCUUCCUGCGACGGGGUGCCUUCGAUGACGAGACCCCACAGACCAAGAAAGAUGCCGAUUCUGUGCAAAAGAUGCUGGAACGGCUACAGGGCAAUGUGAGCGAAACAAAGCAGUCUGUCCAGCUACAGGCACAGAUGGGCACACGUCCUGGUCCGCCAAAGGCGGCGUUCCCUGGUGCCAUGCCGGAGGCUGGUGAUGACCCGCGAACUCAGGCGGAUUUCCAGUUCGAGGCUUUGCUCUCCCGGGCACAGAUGGCGAACGACCAACUGUCCUUGGAUCACGUGGCACGAGAGAUCCUUAUAAGGUUCCCAUCCUUUACUUCCCAGCAGAACAUAGAUCUCAUGCAAAAGAUGGAGACUGCUCCUGCGCUACGAGAUCACCAGAAUGGAGAUUUCCUCGCGGAGCUUUGCAGGCUGUUGGCCUCCAGGCUUCGGGAACUCACCAGCAUGCAGUUCACCUCUGCUUGCAGCACGGUGGCAGCAUGGUCCGCGGAUCCCAAGCGACGGCGGGCACCGCUCUUUGCACAGCUGUCAAAGGUUUUCUUCACGGCCGCGGCCAACGAGAUGUCCUCACGUCUCAUGACCUUUGCGCCGCAUGAGCUUAACAGCUGUUUAGCUGCCUUUGUGUCUGUUGGAUUCUCGGAGCACAAAUUCUUUGCCUCCGUCGGGCGAGCUGCGCUGGCAAGGCACAGUAGCUUUGCUCCAGUGCAACUUACUGCUCUUUUGGCAAUCUUAUCGGAGAUGCGCUUGGUGCAUACCGACCUCUUCAACGCCGCAGCCACGUUCCUGUCCUCUAGGACGAAGGAGUUGCGGCCGGUGGACAUCAUUCGGGUGCUGCGAUCCUUCGCGAAAUGCAACGUGCAGCAUCAGGGGCUUUGUCGGGCCGUUGGUGAGGAGGUGGUGGCACGCAUCAAAGGUGGCGUGAACUUCAGACCUGAGGACCUUUGCGAGAUCAUUUGGGCCUUGUGUGUGCUGGAGCACUUCAACCCAGAAAUCUUCUCCAUUUUGCUGAAGGUGCUCAGGAAGGUUCCGGUCAUCGCUUCCGAUGCGCUCACACAGCUCUUUGAGUGCCACUUGGCCUUGGAGAGCGAACACAAGAGCGAGUAUCGGAGGUUUAGAGAUAAGAUGGACGCAGAAACUUUGGAAGCUCUGCAGGAGCACUACAGAGAUAGCCGAAAGGAUGAGAGGCGUUGCUCUGACAAGCACCGUAGUGAUGUCGCCUCUGUGCUAAAGUCUUUAGUGGAUGGCUCCGUGCAUGUGAACCACCGAACCAGCUGUGGCUUGCUGGUGGAUGUGGCUGCCUUGAGGAAGCGAAGUUCCACAGAUGGCUUCGUGCACGUGGAUCUCGACUCCAACGUGACCUCAGUGCGGUCCUUGGAUCACGAUGAUCCAGCGACUGCCGGAGUGGUCAUCGAGGGUGCUGUUGCCUUGAGGCGGCGCAUCCUGCAAAAGAUGGGCUUGAGACUCGUCACUGUCCGUGAAAGCGAGUGGCGAGAAAUGGAUGAGAGCAAGGAGAAGCGGCGCCACUUGCGGAAUCUCCUCUCUGCACUUGGAGAUGUUUUGGAGUGA